GUGUAGACAGCAUCAAUCUUUCCAUCAAAGUCCACAAUUAACUUCUGCUGACCCUCAAGAAAUUGAUCCAACAUGGACUCUAUCUUCCUCUCUCGAGUUUGCGAUGGUUGGUUCUGGUAGAAAGAAUUUCCAUAAGUUAUGUUGAUGUUGUUGUAGUUUCUGGUAAUGUGAACUAUGGUUGUAUCCACUCUUAUGUCCACUGCCAAAAGAGUUUUUGUAUCCACUCUGAUUUCCAGACCUCUGAUUCUGAAAGCCUGAACCACUAACGAAGUUCACAUCUUCCUCUUCCUCCAUGUCACUGUCGACAUCUACAGCCUAUACAUCCUCUGCAAAGCUGACUUAUUUCUUGAGAAGUUUGUGAACACUAUCCAGCUUUGUCUUAACGUCAUAGAACUGCUCUUUCGAAAUCAGUGUUCUUGGUGCUUUUGCUGGAUGUCAAGUUCUCCAUAAGUCUCACAGCCUCUUCUGGAUUUCUAGUGUUGAAGCUUCCAUAACUAGCAGAGUCUAGAGCCAUAUGAUAUGCCAGCGCGAUGCCUCUAAGGAAAGUGCUGAGCAACUGCACUUCAUUGAAUCCAUGGAGUGGACAGUCUCUCUAAUAUUACUUGAAUCUGAUCCAGGAGCUUCUGAAUGACUAUGUGGGCUCAUGUGUGAGUGUAGCAAUCUUACUCCUUAAGUCUUCAGCGCGUGCCUCGUCAAAGAAGUGACAUAAGAAUGCAUUCUUCUAAUCGGCCCAGGAUGUGAGAGAUCCUGGUUGUAGUUGCUUAAGCCAGUGUGAAGUCUCUCCGGCAAGUGAGUACUUGAAGAGCUUGCAAAAAAGAUAGUCCUUAGGGAUUCCAUUGGCUUUAAUAGCAGAAAAUAGAUCCUCAAACCUCUCCAGAUGGUCCAUAUGAUGCUCGUGUGAUAACCCACAAUAGGGUGUUUGUCCCACGAGUGUAAAGUACUGAGGUUUCAACUCAAAGUCUUGCCUCUAUAAGGCUGGAGGACGGAUGGCAGAUCUGUUCUCAUAGUACUGAUAUGGCUUGUUGUAAUCAGGUAAUGUCCCGGUCUAGCAGUCUCGUCUACAGCUUGAGCAUCUGCAAUAUCAGCAUUAGGAUCAGGGAUUACAGCCCCCUGAUCAUCUAUCUUCUUACAUGCUGCAUUACGCAGAUAACCCUCUUGGUCAUGCAGGUUUCUAGUCAUGUCCUGAAUUAGAACUAGUGUCACAACCAUGUCUCGCGGCUCAGUAUCGGUCGACGGUGGAAGGCAAGUAUCGGUCGACGAGCAGGUGUUAUUAUCGAUCGAUGCGGUACAUUUGCUUUUGCGGAUGGUGCGUUCUAGAAGUGCAGGAUCUAAAAAGAGAAGUGUAUAUUCCUUGUUGCUUCUAGUACUUUUGGAAAUGCACCUGAAAAGACAAGAAAUUUUUUUGUCAGUUUUUGCAAGUAACAAAAACCUAGACUAAACCUAAUUAAAUUUGAUCUAAUGGCGAUCGAAGCUCCCCGGCAACGGCACCAAAUUUGAUAUCACUCAAAUUACGCUAAGGAGUGGUUUACUCUCUCAAAUUCACAGGGAGCUAAGUCACACAAUAGAUAUAUCUAGUUAUGUAGUUAAGCUAGGCAAAUAGGUUUAAAGCAAUAAAUAGCAGGGGUGAACAAGUAAUUGUUCGAUUGAUUGAUUGGGGUUUUAAGACAAAUAUGGAAGACAUUAGACUUAGGGAUACUAAGCAUAUAUGGAUAUUCUAGAACUCAAACAAUAAAAAUAGUUAAUCAACUUUCGUAUAUUUAGACUAUAUAUCGCCAGAUCUAGACCUCAGCUAUCGCUUGUUGGUCCUGAGAAAGUGUCGAUCGAUUCCAACAACGGGGUGUUGAUCAAUACACCUUUCAGCCCGUCGAUCGAUGCAACUAGCGAGUUGUCUAUCGAUGAACCUUCCAGGGAGGGUUAUCGCACGAGUUUGACUUGUUCACUAGGUUUAACUAAAUCAGCUUCUACUUGUUUCUAGAAAUCCUAACACAAUCUAAACUAAUCUGGCCGAGAACCAAACUUCCGCUUGCGCCCUACUAUCUAAAGGCAAGGUCCUAGUUAGCUAUUCUAGAACACAUGCAUCAAGAACAGUUUAGUUGAUUAAUAUUCCUGACACUUAGCAAUUCUAUAUUUUGGGCUAAUCCCUCAUGAAUAUCUGAACCCUAAAUCUAACAAUAAGAACUACUUAGACAUAGCUAAGCAAUUCAUAACAACAAGAUAUAAAAACUGCAUAAAUAGAAUAAAAUAGAAAAUUGGAGUUCCAAUCACAAAUCUUUGAAGGAGUUAUUGGAUCUUCUCUCUAAAUCUAAAACUCUAAUUAUAUUUUCUGUAUGAAAGUAAGAAAGCGUGUAUUACCUAGAACAAUGAUAGAGCACAUAAAUAUUAGGUUAAAAUUUGUCAGGGAUAAUCUGGUAAUUCAUGUUGGACUUGGGCUUAAAGUCGGAUAGAACCAUUCAAGCCUCUGCGCGUUUCGUCGUCGAUUGACAACACCGAGUGUGGGUCAAUCGAUUAUCAUUCUUGAUCAUCGAUGCUAGGCUGGUCGAUGGUCAGCUACGGGUCUUUAUCAUUUAAUCUCCAAAAUGCACCAAAGUCACCAUUUUCCUCCAAAUCACUCCAAAACUUGAAAACAUACUAAAAACACUCCAAAACAGUUAAUAUGUAUUUAAAAACACUUAUAUAUCAUGGAUAAAAAUGGGUAAAAUCCAUGGUAUAAUUCGGAGUCGCUAAUAAUGAAUACGAUAAGAAUGAAUCUGGUUAAAAUUAAAAGUUUAUCCGUUGGUUUGCAUUUUGAAUGUGUCGAUCAGUUUUAGUGCGUCAGAACAUGUCGAUGAAAGAGGGUGAUAACGAUGGGAAGGAACCCGUGGUUUACGGUCUGAGCUUAGCAGCGCUGUCGAUAACGAUUAGGGUCUCUCGUUGUGGAGACAUGUCCGCAGAUGAUAGGUCCUAAAUGUCUUUAUCACUUUAUCAGUUAACUAUAAACAUAUGUGUCAUGAUGAAAUAGUUCAGUGGCUAGACACGUGUCCAUAACACCGUGCUCUAAACCCCGAGGUGGUUUUAGGAGAAGCGGUCAUUACAUGUAAAAUUUUAUCUUUAUAAUUCUUAACGAUCUAUAUUCUUACACAGGGUAAAAGUGUAUGGAAAAUAGUAAAUUUUAAUUUACAUUUUAGUUCAUUAUUACCAUUAUACAUUACAUAGAAAAUGUACAUUUGCUGAUUUUUUAUCAUAGGCAUAUAUUACGUUUAGUAGGACUUCUUGAGUUAUGAAUUUUUUAUAUUCAGCUAUCCCUAGGCCUUAGCUAUAUCAAAAUGUAGAUUUUGUAUAUGACCAAGACAUAUGGAAGACUUAAUAGGUAAAGAAGAAAUAAUCGAUGAACUACUGACGAUUCCCAAAGAAUUAUAAACAAUUUAGGAAAUAGGUUUGGGGUUUAUGUUUUGUUUGAAAUUUCCGAAGAAUUGUAAAUUUUUAUAGGAAAUUUGUCAUCUAUUUCUGACGAAUUUGUGAAAAAUUUCCAACGAAUUUAGAUUGUAUUCAAAAUAAAUGGUAAACCGCAUAUCUACAAAAUCACCAUAACAUAUAUUAAGUGAUAAAUACGAUGUGGAUUAAUUGGCGCUCAAUUAUUUUAAAGCUAUAUACACUUUCGCGAUGGAUGCAUAACCUUUCUCAUUAACACUUAUAUACUAAAGAAAACUCAUUAUGGUGAUUAACCUUAUAAUCAUGUAUUUAUGUGUUUUCAAGUGGUUUCUAACAUUUUGAAGAUUAUAAACCCCUAAAAGUCAUCAAUAUAUUAUCAAUAGAUAAUGUCUGUCUAUUUUGAUAUGUUUGGAAAGCUUAAUCCACACUUCGUUAGAAAUUCGUCAAAAAUUUCUGACAAAUAUUUUUUUCCUGGUCAAUUAUAAAUAAGAUAAUAUACCCCUUUCUGACGGAAAGGUAUAUUCAUAUAUCGAAAAUUGUCAACUUGCUCAUUAAAAGAAAUUUCAGAACCUCUGAAGAAAUUCCAAGGGAAAAGGUAUAUUCGUCGGAAUUGAAAUUCACCCGGGAAAAAAUAACCAACUAAUGUUUUGUGAAGCAAAAUUAAAAUAAUUUUUAACGAACUUAAUCAGUCAAUUUUUAAACAUAAAAACUGAAAAGUUUCUUCUUCUUUUUUCAUUGCAACAUUAUCUUUCUCUAAACUCUCUCUAUUCUCUCUCUUCCAACCGAAGAACAGCCGCGAAUCUUUCCCCAAAAGAUCCCCACAAAACUUGUUUGUCAUUUAUUAACCUCUCAGCAAUCUUAUAUUUUAGAUUGUAUAUGUGUUAGCUUAUUAGAAUUGAUAGAUUUUACGGAUUAAAACGUUAGAAAUGAGUUAGGUUGGUUGAUUUAGGAUUUAAUAUGAUAAAUUUUGUGUUAGAAUUGUUAGCUUUAGGAUGUUACUUGUUAGAUUUAAGAUUUGAGUAAUUGUUUUAUAUUUUUUAUGUUUUGUUAUUUUUGUUUUUUAAAUUUUUUUUAUGAUUUUAUAAAACGUUUUUAAGGUUUUAUAAACAUUUUAAGGUUUUAUAAACGUUUUUAAGUUAAAAAAAAAGUUUUUAUGUUUGUGUUAUUUAUAAAACGUUUUAUGUUUUUUUUAAAUGAUAAAAAAACCUUUUUAAAACGUUUUCAGUUUAUAAAACGUUUUUAUGUUUUUCAGAAUUUAUAAAAAUGUAUUUCAAUAUUUAGAAAAUGCUUUCAAUUAUAAGAAGUUUAUUUAGAAUUUAUUAAAACACUUUCACUUUUUUAAAAAAUAUUUUCUACUGACAAAUCGUUUUAUGCUUUUAAAAUUCAUAAUAACGUUUUUCACUUCUUUAAAAAAAAAUUCACUUUAUAAGAUGUCGAAAGUUUUUUUCUAAAAUUUUAUAAACGUUAUUAAAAUAAUUUUAUUAUAAAAAAAGUUUUAAAAUUUUAAUUUAUAGUAUAUUUAUGUAAAUAAAGAAUAACAUUUAUCAUAGACAAUUGUAAAUUAGUUUUUUUUGAGAAAUAAAUUAAUCUAAAUAUUAUAUUUUAAAUACACAAUUUCCGACAAAAAUAUACAUCAGAACUUCGUCAAAAUAAUUUCUGUUGAAAAUUCAUCAAACAGCCCGAAGAAAUUUCGACGAAUUGUUUUUGACAUUUUUGUAUUAUGUUUCAUUGAGAUUUUUGUUUGUCAAUGGAACAUAUAGUUAUACCUUCUUAAAAUCCACAUUACAUUUCCUUUUUCACAUAAUCAUCUAAUAUUUAAUUUUUAAAAGUUUAUGCAUCCAAAUUAAAUGAACCAAGUCUCUAUUUAUAGAGAAUAAAAAUGAUGAAUUAUGAUGAAAAUAGCUUUUUCUAAAAAGAAAUAUUAACUACAACAUAUUUGGAACAAAUAGGGUGAAAAAAAAUUACUAAACUCAACAACCAAUUAUAAUUUAAGAACUAUAUUGAUAUUUAAAAUAAACAAAAUUUUCAACUUUUCAAUCUUCUUUUGAAAGCAAGCGUGGAAUAUACAUAUUCAGUUUAGCUGGUCCAUAUUUUUUUAUGUGGAUCCCACUUUUAUGUUUUCAACUAGUUGAAUAGGUUCAAGAAUUAAUCACGUCUCUUUUUUUUCUUUUUUCAAAACUACCAUUGUAACCAUUUAACAAUUGAAAAUAUGUAAGUUCAAAAAAAAAAAAAAAACAAUUGAAAAUAUGUUUCAGCAGGUCCAUUGCACGUAGUCUUAUAAGUAUGAGGAGUUAAAUGAAAACUUCAGUCACAUCAAGUUUUAUCUGAUGAAGGAUAGGGCUGUGGCAGAUCGGCUCUAGCAAAGCAAGAGGCCGGUGCUGUCUUCCGAAAAGUAUAAAGACCUUACCACCAAGAAAAAUGGCACCAUUUUCUCACAUGUUAAUUUAUUGUUGGCUGGUACAACAUCAGUCGGAACAUCCCUGUAAUUUGUGGUCAACUGACCAAUAAAUAAAGCAUCAAUUAAGGAAAUGAAAUAGGCUGCCAGGAUUGUGUCACACGGACAAAGCUAAAAGUAGCUAAUCAAAACUGGAACCAUUCGAUGUUCCGAGUCACACUCCUCAUGUCCCACAAAAAAAAAUCCAUGUGUCUUUUUCACAUACGACUUCAACAACUCCUAUACAUUUUUCAGUUCCUUUAUAUAUACUUCAAUAGCGUAAGCUCAACUAAUUAUUAAACUCAUUCCAUAUUUAAUCAACAGAAAGAAGAGAACUAAAAAAUGUCAAGCUUAUCAUCUAUUGCACUUUCCCUCCGCAACAAGGCACUCAUCACUCCGAGAGUUCUCUCUUCCGUCCCGAAAAGACUUAUCCAUGGGAGUACGAUGAAAGAAGCUUCCGUCUGUGACAAAGCCACCGAGGCUCAACAAAAGGUGGCCAAGAAGGCGGACGAAGGAGCACAAACGAUCUCCGAGGCCGCCGGUAACUUAAAGGACAGGGCGAAGAACACUGCAGAGGAGGCCUGGGAUAAGGUGAAGGACACGACAGAAAAGAUCAAAGAUACCGUCACCGGAAAAACCGAGGAAACCAAGGAGUCCAUCAAAGCCAAAGCCAAGACCGUCGAGAAAAGCAUGAACACCAAGAACCUCAAAUAAUAAACUUACUGUCAAUUUUAAUAUUUCACUAAAUCAAAUAAUCUAUUUUAAGAAAAGAAUCAAAUAAAAUGUACCUACGUAAUCUGGAGUUGUUUCAGUAUGUUUACACUUCUGGUUUGUGUUAAGAAAAUAAAUUACUUUAUCAGGUAAGAAUAAACAUGGGGGUUAUAGAACA